ACCAUUUUUUAUUUCAUCCAAUCGGCGUCCAAACGCACCUUUUGGGAAUGCGAACCGCACUGAAAAAGAUACUCCCGCUUCAAAUAGCAUUCAUUUGAUUUUUUUGCAGAUUCUGCUCAUCAUUUCCAACACGGUAUCCUAUUUAAGAGAGAGAGGAAGCGAAGCAAAAUACGCUGGAGGUCAUCUUAACUGCCGCGGGAGAAGAAGAAGAGAGUCACGAGACCUCUUCACUCUUGCGAAAAGAGGAGGAAUCCAUGGACGUGGAAGAAUGUCCACCGGAAAAAAUCAACGGUGAUCAGAGGAUCGGAUUCGAUGUCUCCGACGAUACGGCCCAUCAGAUUAGUCACGUGGCGCAGGCAUGCGAAAUCGGCACCCCUUAUCAGGUAGACCUUACUUGAUUGACACACGGUCGUCCAAAAAUCAUGCCAUUCCGCCUAUCAGGUGGACUGCAUACGCACAUUGAGUUGGGGCCGCUGACUGCUCAACCACCAUUCACAAACACUGAAUAGAACCAAUCCUCACUGCUACAGUGUUGAACUUGUGCGAAAUCAGGAGUGUUCAAGAGGUGGGCCUUACUGUAAGUGACACCCAAUCCAAAAAUCAUGCUGUUUCGCUGAUCAGGUGGACCACCUGCAGACAUUAAAUUGGUCAACUGAUUGUCCAUUUUUAACUGUCCAUUUCUUUAAACAUGUUGGCCCACCUCACUUGUGGAAUAGCUCGAUUUUUUAGUAAACAUUUGUUCACAGCGGGGUACUACCCAUGGACAGCUUGGAUCGUGCAUGCGUUUAUCACUUUGGCACCUAUGGGACACUUGAAAAUGGGUACCUAUCCUUGGUAUCAAGCAGCUUUUGUACUCACAACCGGUGUGAAUAGUGCUUAUGUCUUGGGAUAUUCUGGCUCUAUCAUGGUUCCGUUAGGUUGGAUAGCCGGUACAGUUGGUUUAGUUUUAGCAGCGGCCAUAUCAUUAUAUGCAAAUGCUCUUCUUGCUCGUCUUCAUGAAGUUGGGGGAAAGAGACACAUCAGAUACAGGGAUCUCGCAGGUCAUAUAUAUGGUAGGAAAAUCUAUUAUCUUACAUGGGCAUUGCAGUACAUAAAUCUAUUCAUGAUCAACACGGGAUAUAUUAUUUUGGCUGGGCAGGCUUUGAAGGCUAUCUUUGUUCUUAACAGGGACGAUGCUGUAUUGAAGCUCCCAUACUGUAUUGCAAUCGCUGGGGUAGUUUGUGCAAUGUUUGCCUUUGGGAUACCCCAUCUAUCCGCUUUGAGGGUUUGGCUCGGAUUGUCAACAUUCUUUAGUCUCAUAUAUAUAGUCACGGCAUUCGUGCUGUCACUAAGAGAUGGAAUAAAUACUCCAAGUCGGGAUUACAGCAUUCCGGGAUCAAAAUCGAGCAAGACUUUUAGCUCUAUUGGUGCAGCUGCUAGUCUCGUUUUUGCUUACAAUACAGGAAUGCUGCCAGAGAUACAGGCAACAGUGAAACCUCCUGUCCUCAAGAACAUGCAAAAAGCACUCUCCUUUCAGUUCACAGCUGGGGUUUUACCAUUAUAUGCUGUUACUUUUAUGGGGUAUUGGGCUUAUGGAUCCUCAUCAUCGACAUAUCUUCUGAACAGUGUCAACGGCCCACCUUGGGUGAAAGUAACGGCUAACAUUGCGGCCUUUCUGCAAACGGUCAUUGCUUUGCAUAUAUUUGCGAGCCCGACAUACGAGUACUUGGACACCAAGUAUGGAAGGAAUAAAGGAGGGGCGUUUUCUUUUCACAAUUUGUCUUUCAGAAUCAUUGUGAGAGGAAGCUAUGUGGCUAUAACCACGCUUGUCGCAGCUCUCCUACCAUUUCUUGGAGAUUUCAUGAGCCUUACGGGGGCCUUGAGCACGUUCCCGCUCACAUUCGUUCUUGCAAACCACAUGUACUUAAUGGUGAAGAGAAACAAGCUAACGGCAUUGCAAAGGGCAUGGCAUUGGUUGAAUGUAUGUGUGUUUAGCUGUUUGUCGGCCGCAGCGGCGGUGGCUGCAUUUAGGCUCAUUGCAGUAGAUUCUAAAACGUAUCAUCUUUUCGCUGAUCUUUGAAGCUUUUAUCGCCUUAUUGAGUGGCCUGUAUGAAUAUUUGGAAUUCAUGAUUCUUUGGGUGGGCCAGGGUUCUUUUUCCAUAAACGAAAAUCAUGUACUUACAGUCCCUUAUCUCAAGGGAUUUGAGAAAGGUUUUCAACGGCAAUGGUAAAGUUUUUUAUUCUU